CGAAAUCGAGCUUCAAUUAACUAGUAGGCAUCACCAUAGAAACAUAAGAGCCUCUUUCUUGAUUUCUCCACAGCUUCCAAGUGUAAAAUGAAUACGCAGGCUAUGGAAGCCUUUCCUGAUGGAGAAUUAUGGAACUUCAGCAGAAUGUUCUCCAUGGAAGAGCCUGAUUGCACCCCAGAAUUACUUGGUCAGUGCUCUUUUCUUCAGGAUACUGAUGAAGGAUUGCAUUUUACAAUCCCAUCAGCUUUCUUCCCUGCUCCUGAAUCCGACGCGAGCAUGGCUGAGGACGAGAGUUUGUUUUAUUCUUGGCAUACUCCCAACCCCAAUUUGCAUUUUGAUUCUCAAGAAAGUAGUAAUAACAGUAAUUCUAGCAGUAGUGUAUUUCUUCCCUAUUCUAGCCAUGAAUCUUACUUCUUCAAUGAUUCUAAUCCCAUUCAAGCUACGAACAAUAACUCUAUGUCCAUGGAUAUUUCAAUCAUGGAUGAGGAAAAUAUUGGCUUGUUUAUGCCACUUUUUCCUGAAAUUGCAAUGGCAGAAACUGCCUGUAUGAAUGGAGAUAUGAGCGGUGACAAAACAGGAGAUUUAGAUGAUAAUCUGAAGCCAGCAGCUAAUGAUGUUCUGGCCAAGGGAUUGCAGCUCAAAAGGAAGCUUGAUGUUCCAGAACCAAUAGCCAACAAAUUGGACGACAUGAAGAAAAAAGCCCGGGUUACAAGAAAUGUGCAAAAGAGUAGGAAGGUUGGACAGUCAAAAAAAAAUCAGAAGAAUGCACCAGAUAUUAGCCAUGAUGAAGAAGAGAGUAAUGCUGGACCAGACGGACAAAGUUCCAGCAGUUGUAGUUCAGAAGAGGACAAUGCCUCUCAGGAUUCUGAUUCCAUGGUUUCUGGAGUUCUCAAUUCCAAUGGAAAAACAAGAGCUACUAGGGGAGCUGCCACAGACCCCCAGAGCCUUUAUGCAAGGAAAAGAAGGGAGAGGAUAAACGAGAGACUGAAAAUCUUGCAGAAUCUUGUCCCUAACGGAACCAAGGUUGAUAUCAGCACGAUGCUAGAGGAGGCAGUCCAUUACGUAAACUUUUUGCAGCUUCAAAUCAAGCUUUUGAGCUCGGAUGAUCUAUGGAUGUAUGCACCUCUGGCUUACAAUGGAAUAGAUAUUGGACUCAACCAGAAGCUCUCUAUGUUUCUAUGAGCGUGGAAGGAGCUGCUGGAAACUUUUUUUAACGUUAAUUUAUCAACAUUUAAGAAAUGAGAAAAGAAUAUGUAUAUCUACUAUAAUAAAUAAAUUACUGCUUUCAAUAUAUCACGCGGAGUAAAAACAAUCAGCGUGUUUCUAUAUUAUAACAAUCCAGCCCGAUCUGCUUCUUGCGUUUGUUACUUUAUUAUACCAAUGGCUUUCCCCGUCA